AUGAACCAAACUGUCUUGCAUAGCACUGUAUUUUUCACUGCGUAUGGACCCCCAGGCCCACUCAACUACGCAGCUUUUUUCUUAACAUUUUUGCUUUUCUUCAUUACAAUAUUUUCCAACAUCAGUCUCAUGCUUGUCAUCUACUUAGAAUCACACUUACACAAGCCUAUGUACAUAUUUCUGUUCAACUUGGCGGUGAAUGGACUGAUUGGGUGUUUAUCCGUCUGUCCGAAGAUCAUGGACAAUCUUGUUAAUGACAUAAAGGACAUCUCUCACAAAGGUUGUUUAUUGCAGGUGUUUUUCAGCAGUGUAUAUGCAACGUGUGCUUACGUUAUUCUAGCAGUGAUGGCAUAUGACAGGUAUGUCUCAAUUUGUAAGCCAUUGCAAUAUCAUAGCAUUAUGACCCCUUCUAAAGUGAAGAUGUUGGUAGCAUUGGUAUAUUUUAUUCCCAUAACUAUGCUUGCUUUUCAAAUAUUUAUCACUUCUAGGCUGCCUGUGUGCAGCCACAAUAUCAACAAGCUUUUUUGUGAUAAUUUAGCAGUUGUUAAACUCUCCUGUGUUGAAAGUGCACUGAGUAACCUGUAUGGUAUAUGUGUGAUAGCAAGUCUAGUGGUUUUACCUUUUGUGUUAGUUGUGCUCUCAUACAUCAAAAUAUUACUUGUUUGCUUGAAAGUCUCAAAGGAGUCACGAACUAAGGCUUUUAAUACGUGUACUCCCCACUUGAUCACUUUCAUCAACUUCUCUACAGCCAUCCUUUUUUCUGUUAUUUACAACAGGCACAGCACAGUUAGCAAGGAGGUUAAUGUAUUAAUAUCAGUACAGUUCAUUCUUUUCCCGCCACUGGUACACCCUAUCAUAUAUGGUAUUAGGACCAAGGAGAUCAGAACAUGUAUUACAAAAAUUAUAAGAACAAAAAUCUUUCCUAACUCUCUUGAUUUUCCUCAUCUAAAAUCUGAACGUAAACUGGUACCAAUUAUGACUUUAGAUGGUACAGCAGCAGGGCAAGGGUUGCCGGUUUGAAUCCCAGGUAUCACAAGAACUUAUGACAGAAUGUGAGCCGCCAGAACUGAAUGUUUUGAUCAUCAACCUAAUCUCUUGUUUCUCCUUUGUAUUGCAUUUUUUGUGUGAAUUAUUAUGCAUUUUGUUAAGCCUAUUUUACUGUAGGAAAGUCAAAUAAGGGAUGGUGCUGUGUCACUGACCCGAUGUCCUUCCAAUUUAGCAUUUCA